UUGGUGUAUUUACGGAGAGAACGUUGUGUUUAUCAUUGUGAAAAAGCCGGUGCUGCUGGAAUGCGUGCUGCUGCUGGAAUGUUUGCUGAAACAAUAGGUUAUGCUACUAUAACAACGGUGGAUAAUUCUCAUUUCGGAGGUCAAGUCUGUGUAACCUCGUCUGAGCCACGCUGGAUGCUAGCACUGAUUACUCCUCCUUUUACACCGAAGUAUUUUAUUUAUAUAGAAUUGUGGAAUAGCAAUAAUUUCAAAUCAGAGGCUCUCGAAAAUAGAAAUUUCGACCUCGAUCCUAAUUUCAAAAGUAAGCCAAUAAGAGCUGAGGUAAAUUAUGGAGCCUCACCCAACUUGAAAACGUAUCGUACUAUGGAGGAUCUCAAAAAAUACGAACCCAAAAAUCCACCUGCUAAGGGACGAUUAGCCGAUUUGUACCGCACAGGCGUAGGCCGAAUUUUUGUAGCAAGGAUGAAUUCUCAGGAAGUCUAUUGGGGAAAUCUACAAUAGAAACCCUGAGGUAACGGAAAGGGAAUGGAUUAGAAACACCGAAAAGUUAGCUCACAAGCACAGCUCGGCUCUCAUAUUCGGCGAACGUCCCAAAUGUGAGAGCCGAGCUGCGUUCAUAAGCUAACUUCACAUUUGUUCUAACCUCGUAAAGAGAUAUUGGCAUAUAGAAUAAUCCAGAAGUAUAUAGAUAACCUUCAACCUUUUUAAAUUCCGAUUUUAGUUUGAACAAAAAUCAUUAAAUAUAUUGUUGAAAUUAAUUGCAAUCAAAAUG